CUGGGUGUGAACGGAAGGAAAUUGCUCAUUAUUUGCCAUUAUUUGCCUCUGACUGUGUGUAUUCUGUCUCUCUCUCUUUUUCUAUUUCGUUCUCUCCUUGGAUCUGGUUCAACCAGAGUACAACCAGCUCAUCUGCCUCUGGCGCUAGAGAACCUGCGGGAGCCAGAGGAGGAGGAGAGGAGGUGGGCGGGCAGGAGCUGGAGCAGCGGGCGGCAGGCGCGGCGAGCGCACAGCCGGGGCCCCGAGCCGCGCCGCCCGCAGAGCCCAUGCCCGGCCGGUGCCGCCCCGGGCUUGCUCAUGAGGCCUCUGCCGAGCCGGAGGAGGAAGAACCGAGGUAUCUCCCUGGGACUCUUCGCCCUCUGCCUGGCCGCAGCCCGCUGUCUGCAGAGUCAGGGCAUAUCAUUGUACAUUCCCCAGUCUGCCAUCAAUGCCACAGUUAAAGAAGACAUUCUGCUCUCGGUUGAAUACUCCUGCCUCGGGGUGCCCACCAUCGAAUGGAAGUAUACCUCCAACUGGGGUGUGCAGAAGAUCGUGGAGUGGAAGCCAGGGACUCAGGCCAACAUCUCCCAAAGCCACAAGGACCGAGUCUGCACCUUCGACAACGGCUCCAUCCAGCUGUUCAGUGUGGGCGUGAGCGAUUCUGGCUACUACAUCAUCACAGUGACGGAACGCCUGGGGAGCAGCCAGUUUGGCACCAUCGUUCUGCAUGUCUCAGAGAUCCUCUAUGAAGACCUCCACUUUGUCGCUGUCUUCCUUGCUUUUCUCGCUGCUGUGGCCGCAGUGUUAAUCAGCCUCAUGUGGGUUUGUAAUAAGUGUGCAUAUAAGUUUCAGAGGAAGAGAAGACACAAACUCAAAGGUAACUGUCUGGGCCUUGUGAUAAUUCAUGCUUUUGAAGAUGGAGGUGGCACACAUUAUCUUGUUCUCACCGAGAAGCCACUGUGUGGCUCAUCUUCAACUCACUGACUUGUCUUUUGCUUUACAGAAAGCAGAACUGAGGAGAUUGAGCUGCAAGAUAUUGAGUGUUAGCCAAGGCUGGACCCAGUUACAUUCCUACCUCAAGAGGAAAACAUUAUUUUCCAAUGAAAGAAGCAAAUGCAGCCGAUCCAUACUGUUGUCCUGCCACAGCAACCCAUUGGCGAUGGGACAGCAAGAAGUUAACAGACUGACUGCAUGGAGUUGAAGGCUAUGGACUGAAUAAAGCCAGCUGUAGCCUUUGCACUAAGUUCAAGGAGAAGAGCACUGAGGCUCUGCGCCAGGAGCUUUGCUUGGCUGCAGCUUCCGGCCACGUUGGUCCAUAACCAAUGGCACAGUGCAGCUGCUGGCAGCUUGCUCACGACACUUUGCUGUGGCCCACGGACUGGCCUGUUGGAGGAGUCCCUGUAUCAGAGGCCAGAGUAUCUCCAGGCUCAGGAGUAUGCAGCCCACAUUCGAACAUGCUCUCUGUGCCUUGUGUUCCCGCUUGCUCUGCAAACUGCUUGUGUCCUCCAACCCCCACAAGCACUGCUGUGGGAGCUACUGUAAGCAAACCUGAGGCUUUUAGACAAUCUGCUGCUUAGGAGCCAGAGGCAGACAGAGACUGAGAUGGGCACUACUGGGCUGCAGUGAAUUGCUCAGGACAGGGCAAGGCCCUGUGGCUUGGAGUUUUGGGAAGAGAAGCUCGAUUAGUUCCUGAGGGGCCAGCUUUGGGAACAGGAAACAGAGAGAUUAUCUUUUGUUUCUUCCCUCAUUCCAGCACUAAUUGGUUUUUCCCUCCCAUGACCCCAAAAUUAGGCCAGUGUGAGCAAAACUGCACCUCAUCUCCACUAAGCUUCAAAUGCAAUGUGAUGGGCAGCAUCUGGCCUCCAGGCAGCCUCUUGAAGAGCUGGGUAAUGCAACCUGGGUGAAAGCUGAACCUGAAUAACCGGGUGGUACACCUGGAUAAUCAUUAGGCCUGGGGUUCUGUUCUUGCCCCUUCAGUGAUUGCCACUUCCUGCCUCAAGUCAGGCCCUUCCCUCUCCUAACUGGGCUAAGAACACUUGGCCUCACCUACCUCACAGCCACGAUAUCAAACGAAGCACACAGUCUGUAUAGAGCACUCCGAGCAACUGAAGGAAAGCAUAAGGAGCCUACAAGGAUCUGGAAAGCAAUGACCACUUAUUAUCUGAGUGCUGGAAAUUGAUAAAAUGCCCUGGGAUAUUGGGGUUCCAUGUAAGAUUGGGGACUGAGCCAUAGGUAGUCUUGGCCCUUAUUCUCUCAGGUUGCUGCUCACCAUGUUUACUCUGAAAGUUUCUCUAUCCCAGCUUCCAUUUGGCAAGCUCUAAUGCAGGCACGAAUUAAUUUAUUUCCAAUUCUUUUCUCUUCCCAGCACUCUUAACUACAGACCACAGGUACCACUCCGAUUAUGAUGGAGGCAGAAGUUAUUAGCGAUGUUCCCAGCCGUCAGCUGGAAAUUCACCCAUGUAAACACGGGUGCUAAGACACUCCCUUCUGUUCUCCCUUCCUUCAGGUCCCCAGUGUCCAUAUCUUUAGUAUUUCUCAUGCGGCAGGUAAGGGGUUACCUGAAAAAGUUAGUAUGAGGCCUUUCCCUAAAUAAUGAACCCAGAGCUAUGGGAAGAAAUCUUUUGGAGUAUUCAGACAUGUACUAUCAAUAAUCUAGAGAAAGGCCUAGACGACAGUAAUUGGUCUCUACAGCUGGUCUGUAGCUGUAGUACCAGACACACAGAAGUUACAAAGAGCCCUCAGACACAAAGAACGUCUACACGCUCACAUAAGCAAACAUGCACACCACACAAGCAAACAUGCACACCUGGGCCCUCUCCCAGCAGCUGUUAGAGGAACCGCCCCCCCCCGCCACAACAGUUUGCUUCUGUCAGUCUCUAGCACCAUGAAGGAACACGGUAAGAGUACCCCCGACAAAAGGGGAUCAAGGACAGUCUAGUUAUUGCUCUCCCCUCUUUCACACAGAAGGCCCAUCAGCAGGAAACUGGUUUGCAGCUGGGUAGCUGCUGGCAUACGUGGAAUAUGGAAUAUAAUACCUGCCCUCCAAAACUCUACCCCGGGAUGGGCCUUCCUGGGCAAACUCAGAUGUAAACUGAAUUGCUCAAAAAAAUCUCAUCAUGGUUUAUUCCUUCAGCUUUCCAUUUCUCUGAAAAAAGCAUUUAUUUUGCACUUUCAAGGCUCCCUCCAUCUCAAACAUUCCAGUGGAAAAGUUUUUGAUUCUGGAGCCUUUUUUUUUUUUUUCCCAAAAGAGGAAUAUUACAUAUAGAGAUUUACCAGUAUGAAUGUCAAGCUAUAUGUUUCAAGCUGUGGAAAUAAAAACUCUUUUGAAGAACGAAAUAAAA